ACCCCGGCAGGUCCCGCUUCGUUUCACAACUCCGGCUCCUCUCCAGCGGUCCCUUUUCUUUUCCCCCUUUUUCUUCUCUCUUUUAAACCGGCUGUAGUAGAAACAUCCCCGGCAGACAAGCUUAGGUUCAGUCGAGAAGAUGCCUUGCCAGAAAGUUAUCCAUUUUGGGCAGCAAUUGUUUCGUCGGAAAGUGGUAGACUGUUCCAGCAACGACAGCCGGCUUUCGCGGUGCCUCAACACAUUUGACUUGAUUGCUCUUGGAGUAGGUAGCACCCUUGGGGCAGGGGUUUAUAUUCUGGCUGGAGCAGUGGCAAAAGAAAAUUCAGGACCUGCCAUUGUCAUUUCCUUUCUGAUUGCCGCUCUGGCUUCUGUGCUGGCUGGACUUUGCUACGCAGAAUUUGGUGCUAGAGUUCCAAAGACUGGAUCAGCAUAUCUCUAUAGUUAUGUGACUGUCGGUGAGCUGUUGGCAUUCAUUACUGGCUGGAACCUAAUUCUUUCUUACGUCAUUGGAACCUCAAGUGUAGCCCGAGCUUGGAGUGCAACAUUUGAUAAGCUUAUAGGAGAGCAUAUUGAGAAAUUCUUUUCCCGCUACAUGUCUAUGGAUGCUCCUGGUGUGUUAGCAAAAUACCCAGAUGUCUUUUCUGUUGUCAUUAUCCUAAUCCUAACAGGACUUCUGACUUUUGGCGUGAAAGAAUCUGCAAUGGUUAACAAAGUGUUCACUUGUAUCAAUGUCCUCGUCUUGGGCUUUGUGAUGGUGUCAGGUUUCGUGAAAGGCUCAAUAAAAAAUUGGCAGCUCUCAGAAAAUAGCUCACUUUCAGAGAAUUCCACAGAGAGUCUACGGGGUGGUGUUGGUGGAUUUAUGCCAUUUGGUUUUUCUGGAGUUCUUUCGGGGGCAGCUACGUGCUUUUAUGCAUUUGUGGGAUUCGACUGCAUUGCCACCACAGGUGAAGAAGUAAAAAAUCCCCAGAAAGCUAUUCCAAUAGGCAUAGUGGCCUCACUUUUGAUCUGCUUUGUUGCAUAUUUUGGGGUAUCGGCUGCUCUUACUCUCAUGAUGCCUUACUAUCUGCUCGAUAAAAAUAGCCCACUGCCAGUUGCUUUUAAGUAUGUGGAAUGGGAAGGAGCAAACUAUGCAGUUGCUGUUGGGUCCCUAUGUGCUCUUUCUACAAGCCUGCUUGGAUCCAUGUUUCCAAUGCCUCGGGUUAUUUAUGCGAUGGCAGAAGAUGGAUUACUAUUCAGAUUUUUGUCACGUAUCAAUGAGAGGACAAAAACCCCAAUGUUAGCUACAAUAACCUCAGGAGCUGUUGCAGCUGUCAUGGCCUUUCUCUUAGACCUCAAGGAUCUUGUAGACCUGAUGUCUAUUGGGACACUUCUAGCUUACUCCUUGGUGGCUGCCUGCGUCUUGGUACUAAGAUACCAACCUGAGCAACCUAACUUGGCCUAUCAGAUGGCUAGUACUACAGAGGAGACAUACAUAAAUGAAUCUGUGAGCACAAGUGAAUCACAAACUGCGUUUCUGCCGGAAGAGGAAGAGAAAUUAUCCUUAAAAGUUCUCAUCCUCCCCCAAAAUACAGUUCCUUCCAAACUUUCUGGGUUCAUAGUGAAUGUCUGUACUUGUGUCUUAGGUGUUCUUAUUGUCAGCUUCUGUAGCUUGGCUGUCCUUGCCAAGAAGGAUCUGAUGAGUGGAUCAAUAUGGGCCAUUAGCAUGCUUGUUGUCCUCUUCCUCAUCGGCUUUGUUUUCACAAUCAUCAUUUGGAGGCAACCUGAAAGCAAAACCAAACUCUCAUUUAAGGUCCCUUUUCUCCCUGUCCUUCCCAUUCUGAGCAUCUUUGUGAAUGUUUAUCUCAUGAUGCAGCUGGAUAGUGGCACCUGGAUACGAUUUGCCAUCUGGAUGGUCAUAGGCCUGGCGAUAUAUUUUGGCUACGGCAUAUGGCACAGUGUAGAGGCAAUUUAUUCAGCACCAACGUUUCAAGAAAGAAGUAUGGAUAACAAUAUGGAUACUUGUAAAUGACGGCCUUCUUACUCGGGAGGUUAUUGAUAUCACUAUUACCGCACAGCAGGAUACUUUUCUCUCCCAAAUUCUGAAAGAACUUUUUUUAUUGGUAGAAUAUCAGGCGGGCUCUCAUGUCCCCUUUAACAUGGGGAUGCAGCUGGGAGGGAUCACAAGGAAAACAAAUACCCAGACUCGGAUGCACUCCCAACAACACUGUUACUUCGUGCUGACAGCUAUUUCUCUUCUUUACCCUUUGAAUAGAAAUUGCCUUUCAGGGUAGAAGUUUACUUCCAAUGUUACUGUGGGAAUAAGAUUCUCAAUCUUGUGAAUCAAUUCCUGGCUACUGGAUUGGAGCACACUUUACAACAUUUCUCCAAAAUCACCAGAACUAAACUUAAGCAAACCCAAACCAAACCAUACAUAAACUCUCUUACAUGUUUAUAAACUGUACCCACUUCCCAAGACUGGAAUGAAACAACAACAAAAAGGAGUGGUGCUAUUUAAACAUUGUGCUUUACAUAUUUAAAGAGGGGUGAUGCCUGAGUUUUAGCAUCCAAUGUUACAGCCAUCUCCUUUAGCAAAAGAUGGACAAACCAGGCUUCCUGCAGCCCUUGGAGGCUUCUGUACAACCUGCUAGCUGAAUUCCUCUCCUGUGCUUCACACAGCUGUGUAGCUAUGAGGCAGAGUCUGUUGCUUAUGGUAGAACUGCUGUGUAGAAAGUAUGACUUUCAAGUAUGCAGCCCUGCCAAACCAAGGACAAUUGCUCGCUUGGGAUGUUAUUCACAUUUCAGCUCAGACAGUCCCGGUCAAAGGCAGCCUCUGCCAUGCUUGUAUUUUAAGAUAAUAUUGUGCGGUAAAUCACCGAUACGCCCUGUGACUGAGAAAAGACAACAGUUUCCUGUCAUAAAGAUGGAAUUAAUAAAGGAGAAUAUUUGUAGCUCAGGGUUGACAUGUAGGGUCCUUGGUGAUCUCUGAGCUUGCUUGUUUUCUUUCCUUACCCAAACUAGGUAACAUCACCAGUGCUGGUCUAGUCUAUGUUACUCAGUUUGGUUAAUGAAACACCCACAAGGAGACAAGCCAGCUCAGAGAGCACCAAGGACCCCUCAAAGAUGAAAUUGAACACAGGGUUCAUAGGUCAAACUCAAGCAUUGUUUUUACUGUUAUGUUUGAAAUAAUAUAUUUAAAAUUAAUAUUUUAUUGAAGGAGAGGUGUGACAAACGCAGCUUUUCUGGUACAGAGUAGGAGCCAACAUUAGGUUUUUGCCUGCGGGAUAUUUGGGACUGUAGAAUACAAGGUUCUCACCUUAUCCUGUUAGGGCUGACAUUUUCAAAUAGUUCCAUCAGAUUUAAAAUUCAAACUCUGUUAUUUCCUCUGUUUGCCCCAGAUGGGACAGGGGAAAUCAUAAAAGCAUCUAUGCAGAGGGAGAAUCACCUCCUUCUAAAAAUCUGGUUUUUCCAAAGGGAGGGUUAAAAGUCUGUACACCGGUCAAAUAAUAUUGAUGCUUGCUGGUUUGAUGUUCUAGUAAAUAGUGUAGAUGAUUAUUGUACUUUUUUCUUUUACACUGUUAAACCUCAGAGGCUUGAAUUUAUUAUUACUUGUUCGUGGUGUUUAUGUCUAGCCCCUUGAUGUGUUGUAUUUGGCCAAGCUAUGUGGAAAAGAAUAGCACUUAGAAGAAAGGGAAUUCAUUUUAAUAGAGAGACUGUGCUUAUUUUGUGUGAGGAAAUUUAGAAGGGGGGGGGGGUAUUUAUUUAUGGCGCUCCCUAUGUUUUGUCCAGGUUGCACCCUAGUGCUUGAGUCGAGCUUUUGACUUAAGGUUUUCCCAUCACCAUGGUGAUUGCUGAGCAUUUUAGUGGUUACAUCUACCUGUCCGGAAGGUUGGAAAGGAGCUUCUGCAGACAGUGUUGACUCAACUGGACCAAUAACAAGACAGUUUAUUGUAUUUGAUACUUCAGCAACUUCCUCUUGCCAUCACAAAAGUCUGUGAAGGCUACAAUUACAAUGAUGAAGGUGUUCUUUUUAAAGGGCUUCAGCGUUGAACAAUUGAGAAAUGCACAAUUUAGUUUGAAUCGGCCAGACCUUCCUCAAGUAAAUUGGUCUGCUCAAGGUGAUUUGGGAAGCCCUCAGGGCUUGUUAGAAAAUGUUCCUUUCAGAUGAAAAUUUAUAUGUGACUUGAAAAUACCUAAAACUUUGUGUUUUGGGUUCUUCUGGAUGGAAUCCCAUCAGGUCAUAUGAAACCUUGUUUUAGAGUCUGUGAGGAGUGAGAUGGAGCUUGUUUUGAACUCUUCAUUCUUAGCUGAAUCAACCUAUGUGGAUUGUUUCAUACAUGACAAAAGUCCUUUGCAGAAAUCUCUUCUGUAUGGUCACAUUUCAUAUCAUCCAUGCUGAUUCCAACCUUUUACUUAUUAUUAAAUGACACCCUAUUACAUGGACAUCCAAGCUUUUGGCUUGCCAGGGCCGUAAUGAGUGAAGAUGAUUUUCCUUGGGCUGCAUAUCCAAUAUAUUAUAUAGUUAGUAUAUACAAAUAUUAAAAGUUUAUGAUCUUGUGAUCUUGUCGCAUUACUAGCUGUCCAGGGAAACAUGCAGGCUGCAGGCCACAGGUUGAACAUGCCUGCCCUACUGCAUCACUGUCUUUGAAAAUGGCCUAGAAAGAUGCUGUCAGAUUUUCUAUAAAAGUCAAAUUACUUAGUCAUUAAAAUUUAAUUUGAGAAGGCUCCCUAAGUAAUUUUUGGAAGUGACUUAUUUUUCCCCCUUUUGUUCUUCUUAAGUAGAUAAAUCCAUUCUGUGUGUAGGCAGUUGAUAAAACUGAAAGCAGCCUGAAGAAUGUGAUUCUCAAUUUGGCAAUUGCAUUUCCAAAGGACAGUAAAUCCGUACAAUAUAACUUAGUGUGGUUGAAUUGCAUUGUUUAGUCCAAUUCAUUUUUAAACUUAUUGAUGGACCUUGAGUUAAUGACCACAAUUGGGACUGGAAUUUCAGCCACCAACAGAUGCGAUCAUUAAAAAAAGUCAGCAUGUGACUGGAUCAAGAUUUCAUAACCAUUUUACUUGGUUGUUAAAUGAGUUAUGCAGUCAUUAAGCAAAUUCGUCUGCCCCUAUUGACUUCACUUGUCAGAAGCUGGUUGGGAAGAUUGGAAAUUGUGACCAUGUGACCACAGAACGCUGCAACUGUCUUCAAACGCUCAAAUCGUGAUAACAUGACUGGGCAACAGUUGUAAAUUCGAGGACAAGUCAUAAAUUACUUCAGUGCCAUGAAUUUGAACAGUCAUUAAUUAAAUGAAUGGUUGCAAGUUAAGGGCUACCUGUACUAGGGAAAAUAGUAUUAGAAAAAGCCUUAAACACUGGAUAUCAUGUUUGGUUCUGUAUGAUAGAUACACGCAUACAGUAAAAAGCUGUUCCUUUUCUGAUGUGGCAUUUAAGGAAAUGAUUUUGGAGGGAAAUUCUGUCACACGUGAAGGAAUAUUUUAAAAAGUUUUUCACACAUACAUCACUAGUGGGGAAAAAAAUCACAGAUUAACGAAAGCAGUUUCCUGGGAUAACGGCUCUCAAAUCUCACCUUCAACUGUCAUAAUUCCCAUAGUGUAGGGAAUUUGGGGAGCUGAAUUCCGCUACAUCCAAAUGACACCAGGAUGCGAGACAUUGUUCUGAGUAAGGUUGACACAUAUCCAAGACUUGAAUGAGUUUUGCUUUUCCUCUCACUUGAGAUUCAACAACAGGAGAUGUUAGGCCUGGGGAAAAAGUUUUCUGGGAGAAAGACUUGCUAAGAACUUCUUGUGGGAUAUUCUCAUUAUGGCUAGCUGCUUUUGUCUCUAUGGAGAUGUUUAUAGCUCAUGGUGGUAUACAGAGACUAAGACAGGGAGCAGGGAACAACCCUGGACCAGUAAAUAUAAAGUGCCCCAAACAGGGAACCCACUUGCUCCUGGUUCUGAAAUCUCAAUGGAGAAACAUGCAAAAGCUUGAGGUCUAAUGGUGAAAACCUAAAUGCUGCUGCUGUAAGUUUGCUAGAGUGAAGAAUAUUUGAGCUCAUCUUUGUAAAUAUAUGAGUAACUUAUUAUUUUAAUAUUAGGAUUAUUUUGUAUAGCUGCUGGACGCUUUGUAUACAAUCCUGUUCUAUAGUUUUUCUCAAAAUAUACAGCUCCCUCAAAGAAAAUGUACAGUUUUUCUUAAGGGAAAACUUCUUAAGGAAAGGACUUAUCGAUAAUUGUGGUUUUGAAUCUAUGGAAGUCACUACUACUAUCAGGAAUUGCCUGUUUUAAAAUCUUAAUAGGCUUUUAUUAGCCUAAGUCCAAAUUUGCAAACCCUGUGUGUGCAGAAGUAAAAAAAAAAAGUGAUUUUCAAUAACUAGAUACUCUUCAAAUGUACUUGAACUACAUGUUUCAAAACUGGCAUAGUAGUCUGAAGUUUUUAAUUCUCCAUACCUGGAGGAUAUCUAAUUGGGAAUAAGUGUUGCUUCCUUAAUGCAUGGGGUGGGGAAGAAACAUGUGCAACAUAAAACAACAUUGACGAUUUCUACUUGAUCAAAACAUUACCAUAAAAAUAAGUUUUACUGAGUCAGAUUUAUGCAAAUUAAUCUCCAAAUUAAUUCCAGUUACAACUCCAGCUUUUCAAGAGCAACAAAUUGCUUGCUCCUCAGUUCCUUCCAAAACCAAUGGCAGUUAUCAAUAAUCUGGUAGCACCUUUUUCAAUUAACCAAUUUUAUAAAAAGGUAGAAGCUUUCAAAUGUGUUAGAAAAAGUGCUGCCAGACUUUUCUUUCCUGCUGCUACAGACUCGCAUGGCUAUUCUCUUACAAUGCUGUUUAUGUAAAUACACUAUUUUCGUGCAUUUGCAAGUUAUUGUGAACAAAAAUGCAAUCUAUUUUGUUAAUAUUUUCAAUUGUUAAAAUUUUACAAUUGUCUUCAAAGUAUUUUAUUUAAAUUUGUAUAUUUUGUACAUUAUUUCUGCCUUUCAUGUUUUAUUGUCACCUUUUCAUCUCCAUAUCUGCUUUUACUCAGUGCGUUGAUAAAUAAGAGAUGUCUCACCAGUGUUCAGCAAGUAGUAAAACUUUUAACCUAGCCAGUAAAAACUUGCAACAACAAUUUUCAGGUUUCUACUUUUAUGUCCAUCAAUUCUAUUAAUCCUCAUGUACUUAAUGGAAUUGUGUACAAACACUGGAUCGUAGAAUAGUCUGAUAAGGUGAGGAUUUCUAAUUCCUUUUAUUAAGCCAUUUUUUUAAAAAAAGAAAUACUUUAUUAAAUAUGUUUUUAUCAGUUUGUGAAUGGAUAAUUAUCAACAGGAGGAAGCAGACUAUAAGUGGCUUUAUUUAUAUGUAGAAUAAAUAUGCUUUCAAGGGUGCUUAAGCAGAAGCCAAGUUCAGAUAUAAGCAUUAACAGAAUUUGUAUUAUCACUCACUUUGGUAGGACCAGUUUCCAUAUUACCUUCAUUGUUUUAACAGUACUGCAGGCUGGUUGAACAUCCUUUAUAUGCCACAGCUUGAAUGUGUAUGUGAAACUUUGUAAGCCCAUUAUUUUAUUGGGAGUAGAGGAGAGAAAAGAUGAUGUAUGUGUCUGACUUUCCUGUUAAACAGCUCAUCCUCACCUUUUGUCACUUUCUGAUACAUUCACAUAUAUCUGCACACACACAUACAGAGCCUGCACAACAUGAGCAACUGGUUGUGGGAGGAACUGUUUGUUCUCUGUCACCCACAUGUGCUAGAUUUCCAAUAAGGGAUGUGUGUAUUGAAGCCUGCUUUCCUGGAUGAAUGCCAUAUUUGGCAAGGUCAAAGUGCUUUGUAUAUAUGAUGCUGUCUCAAAUAAUUGCUGAUUGCAAUCUGUUGCCUUUCAGUAUGCAUAUCCUAUUUUACUAUGUGGUGUAUUUACAGGGUAACAAAAUGAAACAAUCUUACUUAAGUUGUACAAAAGGAGUUUUCAACCUGUGUGAAGCAUUUACCAAAUUCAGACAUAUGUUGUACAGAUACUAUGUUGGGGGGUUCUAAAUUUGAAUUCUAAGUUUGAAUUCCAAAUUCAUGCAUGCAGCUUGGACUGUUGUAGAGUUAAAUAUGCAUGUUAUAGAGGGUUCCCCCCCCCCCCAGAGAGGAAGGGAAUACGGUAAAGUUCCAUUGAUGUUUAUCUUCACAGUAAUUAGAAUUUUUAGUUGGUUGAGACUUACGGUCCUAAAAACACCCUCUUAAGAAAGAAUGUUCAAUGCACUAUUGCAAAGAGUAAACUUUGCUUCUGAGAAAUUGUACAUAAGGUAGUGCUACACAUUUAAAUUUUAUAUACUACUGAAAUUAUAUCAUUGGUGCCUUCUUGUGAUACUGAAGGAAGUGUGAGAGCUUUAGAAAAAGUUAACAUGGAAAUAUAAUGAGUAGGUUUCCCCCCCACCCUCCCUGUCAACUUCUUAUUGCAGUGUUCCACGGUCUGCUGCCCUUUAUAUGUAGGGGACUAAACAAUAUGGCCAGUGGGCACCAGGUUGGGAAAGCAUGUUUUAACUCUCUGAUAAUAAGUUCAUAGUAGAUCGUUCCUCUUUGCGAAACUGGUUAAUAUUUGAUAAUACGUUUGUGCAAGGCAUUUGAGGGAGGUGAUCUGCAGGCAACCUUUCUUUAAAGUAUUAACACAGCCAUAGCCUUCGUAAGGCUUGUGUGGGUGUUUUGAAAGAUGUCUCUGCUCAUCUGCAUUUGUGUGUAGAGAUGACACAAAAGGACCAUCUGAAAGCUGUGAAUGUACAUCCCAUGUACAGAUAACCAGCUGGUAGCCUUGAAGAGCUCCUCUCCUCCCUCCUCCCCUCCCUCCCUCCAGAGGUGGGUUGCUGCCAGUUCAGUCGAACUGUAGUAGAAUUCAGGCCUGGGUCGCAGAACCAGCAGCGUUUCUCUGGUGUCUUCUGCUGUUGCCGGCAUGAUUCUGUGCAUGCGCAGAGCAAUUUUUAGUCGCAUGCGCAAGCAAUGCGUGGCCAGCGCGUGUGCAGCAUACCAGUACUAACUGGUUCAGGAACCCACCCCUGCCUCCCUCCCCCUCCCUCUCUCUGCAAUAGUAAUGUAAAUUACCUCUUCCAAAUGUUUCACACAAUUCUGAUUGUUACAGAGACUCAUGAUAAGGAAUAAUUACAUCCUGUAAUGCUCCUUAUUUCUGAAGCAGAGGCCAAACCUUAUGAAAACUGUGCCUGACUUUUUGUUAAAAUAAACAACAACAUUCAAACCUAGAAUUCCUCAGGGUAUAUUUUCUCAUUCUUCUUGGCAUACAUCCUAAGAAAAACCCUGCCAAGUUUAUUAAGUUUUCUAGAUGGUGAGGGAUCUUAACCAGAUCACGCCCGUGCUUUGUUUUGCAAAGGCUGGAAGGGUGGUGAGUGAUGAAACGACUGAGUUCCUCUCAUUUCUGUUGUGCCUUUCAAUGUACUUCUGCUCCCGGCGGGUACAAAGAAUCAGUGUGGCACUCUUUGGAGUUGUAUGUUACAAUCUGUUGGAGAAUAUGAUGGUUUCUUUGGGAAUACCCACCUUUUGAUAAUCAAGAAGCCAUGAAAUAAUUUGUUCAUAUUUUUACUGAGUAAAAUGUAUAUAAGUUUUUCUUCUAUUUUUCUAAUGAUUUUCUCAGAAUAUAUAAUGGGUUCAAGAUAUAGUUCCUUAAACCUUGAUCCUGUCGGAUGCUUCUGCCUCUUCACUGGAGCUUCUGGGUUUGUUUGGAUUUUGGCUUCUCCCUUCCUUCCUUCAAAUACGAAGCUUUGUUUUUUACUUUAUAUGUGAAACUUCAUUUAGAGCAAGGCCUCUGCUUCAACAACAAACCUCUGUUGAGGGAUGCUGUAAAUGUCUCCCUUUGGAGAGUGAGGGUUUUUUUUUUUUUUUUACUUUAGAGAUCAAUUUGUAAAUACGUAAAACAGCUUGAAAUUUAAAUGAUGUUAAUUUUGUCUUGCCUGUUCUAAUAAAUGUUUCUGUUUAAACAAAUAAGUUGCGUGUAAUUGCUGUUCCGUGUAGGAAUUCAACUUCUGAAUUUUGCC